AUGUCCAAAGCCAUUGGCAUCGAUUUGGGCACCACGUAUUCGUGCGUUGGUGUCUAUCAGGGUAUUGACCCCAAAACCAACACAGUAACCUGCGAUAUUAUUCCCAACGAGCUGGGCGAACGAACCACUCCUUCCUAUGUCGCCUUCACUGAUACCGAGCGCUUGAUCGGUACCGCAGCCAAGAAUCAGGUCACCAAGAACCCUGAGCACACUGUCUUUGAUGCCAAGCGAUUAAUCGGACGCAAGUUCGCCGACGCUGAUGUGCAGGCCGACAUCAAGCACUUCCCCUUCAAGGUCAUUGAGAAGGCCGGCAAGCCCGCCAUCCAGGUAGACUACAAGAAUGAGGAGAGAGUCUUCACCCCCGAGGAAAUCUCCUCCAUGAUCCUCGUCAAGAUGAAGGAGAUUGCUGAGGCUUUUACUGGUGCUGCUGUGACCAAUGCCGUGGUUACUGUCCCCGCCUACUUCAACGACGCCCAGCGUCAGGCCACCAAAGACGCUGGUCUCAUUGCUGGCCUCAACGUCUUGCGAAUCAUCAAUGAGCCUACUGCCGCUGCCAUCGCCUACGGCAUUGGCAAGAUUAACCCCAAUUCCAAGGACGAAUCUGAGGAUAAAACCGUCCUCAUUUUCGAUCUUGGCGGUGGUACCUUUGAUGUGUCUCUCCUUACCGUCGCCGGCGGUCUCUUCGAAGUCAAGGCUACUGCUGGUGAUACUCACUUGGGUGGUGAGGAUUUUGAUAACCGUCUGGUCAAGCACUUUGUUGAAGAGUUCAAGAGAAAGAACAAGAAAGAUCUGACCACCAACGCACGUUCUCUGCGUCGUCUCCGAAGCGCUUGCGAGCGUGCCAAGCGUGCUUUGUCUUCCGCAUCUCAAACCUCUCUUGAGAUUGAUUCCUUGCUGGAUGGAAUUGACUUUUACACCACCAUCACCCGAGCCCGUUUUGAAGAGCUCUGCCAAGACCUCUUCCGCUCCACCGUCCAGCCUCUUGACCGUGUCCUUACUGAUGCCCACAUCGAUAAGAGCGCGGUUGAUGAGAUUAUUCUCGUUGGCGGUUCAACUCGAAUUCCCAAAAUCCAGAGACUCAUCUCUGACUACUUCAACGGCAAGACCCUCAACAAGUCCAUUAACCCCGAUGAAGCCGUGGCCUAUGGUGCCGCUGUUCAGGCUGCCAUCCUUUCUGGUCAUACCGAUGAUGUCACCAAUCAGGUCUUGUUGCUCGACGUUGCCCCUCUCUCUCUGGGUAUCGAGACUGCUGGUGGCAUGAUGACGAAGCUUAUUCCCCGCAACACUACAAUUCCCACCAAGAAGUCCGAGGUUUUCUCUACGUUCUCCGACAACCAGCCUGGUGUGCUUAUUCAAGUCUACGAGGGUGAACGUGCCCGCACCAAGGAUAACCACAUGCUGGGCAAGUUUGAGCUCACUGGCAUCCCCCCUGCGCCUCGUGGCGUUCCCCAGGUUGAGGUUACCUUUGACGUUGAUGCCAAUGGUAUCAUGAACGUCUCUGCCGUUGAGAAGGGCACUGGCAAGACCAACAAGAUUGUCAUCACCAAUGACAAGGGCCGUCUUUCCAAGGAAGACAUCGAGCGCAUGCUUUCUGAGGCCGACAAGUUCAAGGAGGAAGAUGAGGCCGAGACUCGUCGCGUUGGCGCCAAGAACGCUCUUGGCUCUUACGCCUCUGGCUUGCGUACUUCGCUCGCCGAACCAGGCAUCGACGAGAAGAUCGAUGCUGCGGAUAAAGAGAAGGUUAUCAAUGCCUCACGUGAGGCUGAAGAAUGGAGCGAAAACAACACGACGGCUUCCAUUGAGGAGUACGAAGCAAAGCAAAAGGAGCUGGAAGCUAUUGCCAACCCCAUUAUGAUGAAGCUCUAUGGUGCUGGCGGUGCUGGCGGUGCUCCUGGCGGUGCCCCUGGAGGUUUCCCUGGUGCUGGUGGUCCCCCCGGUGGCGCUGGCGGCGACGAUGGUCCUACGGUCGAGGAGGUCGACUAA